UGAGUUGGUCAUUGUUGUUUUCGUGCAGCUGUCACCUGUUUUCUUCUGGUUUUAUCCUGAAACUGAUCAGCUGUAGCAUCAUGAAUCUGUGGCUCAGCAGUUGUUUACUGGUAGCGCUGCUGUUUCUGAGCUCCUCGGCUCUGACGCCUGAGGAGUGCCGACCCGUGCUCGCACCUUUGUCUCUGGACGAGCCCUCCGUGAUACACGGCAGGUGGAACUUCCUCCUGGGUUACACCGACUAUCCUGUCUUCAGCGAGAUUCUGCAGCUAACCGAGAGCUCCUGGAUCAACGUCGCCUCGUCAUCCGGCGCCAAAGACAUGGUUAUGUCUCAGGAGAACAGGAUAAACGGAUCAUGCACGGCCUCAACAAGCAGCCUAACUAUAGACGGCAACACUCUAACAGCGUCAGUCGCCAACUUUACCUCGGUGUUCCACCUGCUGCCGACCUGCGACAGCUGCUUGGUCAUGAGCAUCAACACCAGCGGCAAAGCCUUCGACAAGUUUCUGGAGAAGUUGAAAUUCCACAGCGACAACACGGAGGACGUGGUCCACGCUCGGUCUCUCUAUUUGAUGAGCAGAGAGUCGACCCUGAAGGAUUCGGACCUGGAACAUUUCAAGCAGCAGGCGAGCUGCCUCGGCUUCACCGGAGAACUAAACUUCCACUACGACCCCAAGAACGAUUUCUGCGCUGAAGGCGAAGGCGUCAAGCUGUUCCCCUGAAGAACAUCCCUCAUAUAUAUUUAACACAAAAAACAAAAACAAAAUGAGGUCCAAGCAU